AUGGUGGCUUUUCACAUUUAUAGAGCUGUGCAAAUUGUAGUGAAGAAGAUAUCUGUUCUACCUCGCCACACCAAGGUGGUUGUCACCAGGAAUAACAGAACGAAAUUUGUACUUGUUGGCCUCCGAGGCGUUGUCAAGAAGGCUGUUGGGCUUGGAGAAUGGCCGGCUGUGUUCGAUUUAGUGACAGGGAAGGGAGAUGGCCGGCUGUGUUGGCAAUCUACUCCAUUAUCAUAUAGCUUCAAUUUUGUAGUAGUAUUAGUAGUUCAUAUAUCAUCGUCUUCUUCCUCCGUUUCAAGCCCUAAUUUUCCUUCUCUUGGAAGCUUGGAUCAUCAUUUUCUCUCUCCAAUGGCAGAUCACGGCAAGCCUAAAUCAGACAUUUCCUUGGCUGGAACGUUCGCCAGUAGCGCUUUCGCCGCUUGCUUCGCUGAGGUAUCGACUAAUACAGCUUUUACCUCACCGGUUUCAUCACUGUUAUAA